AUGACGUUACCGGCGCAAACACGUGAUGUUUCGAAUCGCAUCGACUCGAAACAGGCUCUUUUAGGAAGCUCCUGGUUUGUUUGUGUUUUGAUCACAGCCAUGACUUUGACCACCAUGGCAACCAGCACGGCUGGCCAUCCCGAAGUUUUUCAUAGGUCUGCCGAAAUCGCCCGUACACUACCGCCAAUACAUCCAUUUUCAGUUUGGGAACUACGUGACUAUAAUUUUAGAUGCACCUUGGAUAGAUUAACUGUAUAUGUGAAUGAUUCUGCAUCUCAAUCUUAUUGCGGCAAUGAACCAUUUAGUAUAGAAUCAACAGGAAGAUUCAUGACUAUUGAAUUAUCAACUUCAUUUUGGUCAUCAGGAGUUAAAUUUCUGUGCGAACUGCAAGCAAUUAAUGAAACAGACGACAAUGAUUCUUGUAGAUGUGGAUGGAAAAAGCCGACGAAAAUAGUGGGAGGUAUGGAUACUGGCGUGAAUGAAUAUCCUAUGAUGGCUGGUCUUGUUGAUUCUCUUCAAGUGGAGGUAUUUUGCGGAGCGACUAUCAUAUCCGAAAGACAUGUAUUAACUGCCGCCCAUUGUUUAGGGAAUGCAGAUCCAAGUACUGUGGGUGUGCUGGUGGGAGAUUACGAUCUUACCACGGUUUCAGCGAAGAAGUCGGACCAGCUUGUCUUCCCUUUGAGCAUCAAUUUGAUUCCUUUGCAGGAAGUUAUGUGGAUUUAUUGGGUUGCGCAAACAAGUUUUGAUCCGUUUAUUUUGAUCGAAACAGGUUGGGGAUUGACAGAAUUCUCAGGAAUGAAGUCGAAUACUUUGCAAAAAGUUACAAUAACCGUGAUCACGAACAGGCAGUGUCGUCAACAGUAUCCGGGUAUUUCAAAUAAUCAUAUAUGUACUUAUGCGGAGGGAAAAGACGCGUGUCAGUUUGACAGCGGCGGUCCCGUUCUUUGGCAGAAUCCUGCAACGAAACGGGAGGUUCUCGUGGGUGUUAUCACUGCCGGAAUGGGUUGCGGCAGUAAAGCAGGAAUUAACAUGCGUGUCGGCGCAUACAUAGAUUGGAUCUUGAGUGUAACACCGAGUAAGUGCAUGAAGUGUACAAUGCGUCAUAUAUGCGUUAUCGUCUCAUUGAGAGGGCAUUUAUCCUAUGAUACUUAUUUAUAUCUUCUUACAGGUAUCAAUUACUGCAUGUCCGAAUAG